UGGGAGUUUUAUGGACUCUGCAGCAGCUAGAUGGAGGCAAUCAGGGUGAGCAUGUACCAGGAGCAUUGAUGGGAGAAAUACACAUUUGCAUGAUCUGAAAGGCACAUGUGGACAGUGACUGGAGGUCAGUUCUCGUCCACUCCUAAUCUUCCUCAGUGCAGACAUGAAGGCAAACACGUCCAGAGCGACGCUCCUGUGCUUGGCACUGUUAAUCCUUUCACACGCAGGCAGAGGCCAGCGGAGAAAAAAGCAGGAAAACAAGAACAACCUAACUACAAGGAACGGGCAGGUGCUGGUGUGUCCACUGGAGAUCGCCUUUCUCCUGGACAGUUCGGAAAGCGCCCUGAAUUUCCGCUUUCAGCAGGAGAAGGACUUUGUGCGCUCCUUUAGCCGGCAGGUCACGCAGAUGCAGGUAGCCGGCUGGUACCUGCAGACGCGGCUGGCUGCCCUGCAGUAUAGCAGCACUGUGUCUGCUGUCCAGAGCUUCGCUGAUUGGCGGGGCCUGGACAGUUUCCUGAGCCGCAUCGAGGCCAUGUCCUACAUCGGCCAGGGCACAUACUCAUCCUACGCCAUCGGGAACGUAACUGAGCUCUUUGUGAAGGAGACUAAAGAGGAGAACGUGAGGGUGGCCCUACUGAUGACGGACGGUGCUGACCAUCCCCGGAGCCCUGACAUCAUCGCAGCAGCAGCCGAGGCCAAGAACCAUGGCAUCAAACUCUUCACUAUCGGCUUGUCAGACCAGGCCCAGGGUAGCCACAACAGUGCUAAGCUGAGGGCCGUGGCCAGCGCCCCCGCACAGCAGUUCUUCCACAGCCUCAAUGACCCGGAUUUGGAGGGGAGACUCCUACAGGAGCUUAAAACAGUCGCAAAUAAUGAAUGUCCACGACUCCAAACAUGUUUGUGUGAGAAAGGAGACAGAGGACCUCCGGGAAGCCCUGGUAAAAAAGGAGAUCCGGGUUAUGAAGGACUGCCUGGUAUAAAAGGGGCAAGGGGAGAACCUGGAGCUCCUGGCGAACCAGGAGUGGAGGGACCUAAGGGAUGGCCUGGGUUUAAGGGUGAUAAGGGUGACAGAGGAGAAUGUGGAGCUCCGGGAGAAAAAGGAGAGAAGGGACUUGAAGGACCUCCAGGACCACGAGGCACCAAAGGAGAACAGGGACUCCAAGGGCCACCAGGGGACCAAGGACCAGAGGGCCAGGCAGGUCCCAAAGGUGACCGCGGACUUACUGGUGCGACUGGACCUCAAGGGGACAUAGGCAUUGGAUUCCCUGGUCCUAAGGGGGACAAGGGAAACCAGGGACGGCCAGGUCCAGUUGGCCCACUUGGAGUUGGGGAACCAGGCCUACCUGGACCACCAGGGCCUCCAGGACCACUGGGAAUCCCUGGCCCACCAGGAGAGGGACUACCCGGGCCAAAGGGGGAUCAAGGCUAUAAUGGAUCCACAGGAGCACAAGGACUUCCAGGAGUUGGCCUCAAGGGUGAAAAGGGGAACAUAGGGCCUCCAGGGCCUCCUGGUCCAGUGGGGGCUCCUGGAUUGGGAAUUCAAGGAGAAAAGGGAAUCCAGGGACCUAUGGGCACUCCCGGUCCAAGAGGUGUCCAAGGGAUAGGAAUCACUGGUGAGAAGGGAGUCCGUGGCUUCCCUGGAGAACGUGGACCACCUGGAGAGAAAGGUGUCGGAGAGCCAGGGCCCAAGGGCGAUCCUGGCUUUCAAGGUAAACCGGGCGAGCCAGGUGCUCCAGGAGAAGACGGACCCAUGGGCCCAAAGGGUGACAUAGGCUUUCCUGGGCCUAGAGGACAAGAUGGACCACCUGGUAAAGGUCUUCCUGGAGAGAAGGGGGACCGAGGAGAGAAAGGAGCAAGAGGACAACCAGGACCAAUGGGACCAUCCGGCCCAGCUGGAGAAAAGGGAAAACCAGGUGGUUUUGGGCCUCCUGGAAUGAUUGGUUCUCCAGGAAGGGGUAUACCAGGUGCUAAGGGGGAUCCUGGACAACCCGGACUACCAGGACCUGUUGGGGAAAGAGGAGUCGGGAUACCUGGACCCAAGGGGGACAAGGGACUGCCUGGACUUAUGGGACCACCUGGGCUGAAGGGAGAUGGCUACCCUGGACCACCUGGACUUCAAGGUCCCCCAGGACUGAGAGGAGAGAUGGGGCCAGAGGGGAAAGGCUUACCUGGACCAAAGGGAGAUCGAGGCCCUGCAGGACCGCCUGGGCCAGUUGGACCACCAGGCAUUGGACUAUUAGGCCCAAAGGGUUCAGUUGGUCAGACUGGUCCACCUGGUCCACCAGGGCUGCCAGGAGAGGGCAUCCAAGGGCCAAAGGGAGAUCCUGGAUACCAGGGGUUACAAGGACCAAGAGGACCCCAAGGAGAGGGUAUUCCUGGGCAGAAGGGGGACCGCGGGUUCACAGGCGAGAGGGGACGGAAGGGGGACAAAGGAGGCCCGGGGGACCCAGGACAGACAGGGCCUGUGGGUAGGACAGGGCAAAAGGGAGAACCUGGUCUCACUAGAACAGAAGUUAUCAAACUAAUCAGAUCGGUUUGUGGUUGUGGGGUAACAUGCAGAGUGAAACCCCUGGAGCUGGUUUUCGUGAUUGACAGCUCAGAGAGCGUGGGUCCGGACAGCUUUGGCAUCAUCAAAGACUUUGUGAAUGCCCUGAUCGACCGUGUGUCGGUCAGUCCGAAUAUGACCCACGUUGGGGUGGUGCUCUACAGCCAUGUUACCAUGGUGAUCAGCAGCCUGCACCAGCAGUCCACUCGAGAAGAGGUGAAAGCGGCAGUACGCAGGAUGGCCUACAUGGGUGAGGGGACCUACACAGGGAGUGCCAUCCAUGAGGCCAAUAAGCUGUUCCGCUUGGCCCGUCCUGGGGUCAAGAAAGUGGCGGUGGUGAUAACGGAUGGACAGGCAGACAAGCGAGACGUAGUCAGACUGGAGGACGCCGUGCAAGACGCCCACUUGGAUGGCAUUGAGAUGUAUGUCAUCGGGGUGGUCAAUCAGAGCGACCCAUUCUUCAGAGAUUUCAAGAAGGAGCUGGAUUCCAUAGCCUCUGAUCCGGACGAGGAGCAUGUCUAUGUGAUCAGUGACUUCACGACUCUACCUGCACUGGAGAAAAAGCUGCUGGUUAAACUGUGUGAGAACACUGAUAAGACAUUGUUUACUGAGGCAUACAAUGUAAUCCCUGGAACCUCCUAUGAUCGGGAACCUUGGAGAAGGACAGGCCCCUUUAACGGGGACUACGGUAGAACACGCACAGAGUUAGGAGCAGCAGAAGAGUUGGACCUAUUCCCUUACUCUCAGCCCAAACUGGAAGAAGGAGAAGGCACCAGAUCUCCAUACUUCAGUGGGGAGCCCCUGAGCAGCCUGGAUGAUCUGUGGCGCUUCACGUAUGGCCCUGAUACAGAAAGACCCAAGCUGAGUCUGAUUCAGCAGAGCACCCCUCAGCCGCUUCUGCCACUGGUUCAGGAUGAUUUCACUCAAGAGGCGGGUUGUCUGCAGCCGCUGGACCCUGGCCCGUGUCGGGAUUACGUGGUGAAAUGGUACUACGAUCCCAAGGCCAAUUCCUGUGCCCAGUUUUGGUUCGGAGGCUGCCGUGGCAACAGGAACCAGUUUGAAACACAGGAAAGCUGCCGGAAAGCCUGUGUUAUAGGUUAAACCCUAUCAGUAAGCAUUAAUGAAUGAAAAGGCAACUGUAUUAUAUGGUUUAUAAGUUUAUAAUCCAGAAAUUAUUUAAAAGUUCAAGUUUGUUUCUCUGUGCGUCUACAUACUGAAACAUUCUACGAAUAAUAUAUAAAGAGCUUAGUAGAAACAGAUAUCUUUGACUUUUACAUAU